ACGUCAAAGCUUUGAGAACAUUUUACAUUGUAGAAACGGAAGAUGUGAAUUACGCAUUUGAUAACAUAAACAUUUGAUAAAUAAUUUUACAAAUAAAAUAAUAAUAACAAUGACACUAGUGUAUGGUUAAUGUUAAUUAAUUAUAGAAAACACUUUCGAAUUUUUAAAACCAGCCAUAAAAUUGUGCUAUAUACUUGGAAAAAUCUGAAAGCAAGUGUCGUCAUCAGUGAAAGUGUUCGAGUGAUUUAAUAUUAUUGUAUAUAUUUUUGCAAAACCAACAAGAAAAAAAAUAAAAUCCUUGUCGAGGUCAUUUUGAAAACGAGAAAAAGUAAACCUAUAUGUAUAUAAUAAUAAAAAUAUUUGGAUAACGCGUUUUUUAAUAAAAUUCAUGUAACAACUUGUUGACCCCCUUUCUUGAGAUACUUGUAAAACUUAUAAAACUUACAGAAGCAAGUUAAUAAUAAGAAAAUUAUUGAUUUAUACAAAAAUAAUUUAUCAAUAUUUUGUAACUAGAAAACGAAAAACUCAACCACCCCCACCCACUUGCUAGCAGCAAGUAGAAAAAAAGUAUUAAAUAGAAUGUGGGAACUUAAUGUAAUAACAAAAUGUGAUUAUUAUUGUUAAUAUUAUUUAAACUAAAAAUCAUUUAGUCAUUUGUAUUCAAGUGAUAAAGUAGUGUAUAGUAAUUUGGUAUAUCUACUGGGUGUGUGUAAGAUUUUUUUUUCUUAAAACCAAUAAGGGCAAAACUACACGCAAGCUAGAAUAAUAAUAAAAUGCCAAAAAGUGAUUUCGAUUUUCCGAAACGUCCUCUAUUCCCAUUGGAUCCCAGCAGCAGCAAUGGAACAAGUAACACAUUAUAUCACCACAACACAUCAUCCGGCUCAACGACAACCUCAACCGGUAAACGUAUGUUUCUUUAUGCUUCAAGAGGUCUACGAGUUAUACAACUAAAUUGGAAAAUUUUCACAUCCGCCUUGGCCGUGACAUUGUUGGCCAUCAUUUGGUAUUAUCCCGUCUUCUUUCUAUUUCUACUAUUCGUUAUUUAUUCUCUACUUUUAGUGGUGGCCGCUGUGGCUGGUACGGUUUAUAUACAUUAUUUGUUUACCAGUAAGGAACCACCAAAACCAAGUCGUGAACCUUUAAAUGUAUUAUACAAUGCAACCAAAAAUACUUUAUUUGAUUUACCCAAUCCCAUUAAAAAUGCCUCUAAUUUACCCUUAAUAUUUGGUAAAACAGUGGAUUUACAAAUACAACAAAUAAUUGAAUAUGUUUUAAGAGAUUUUAUGACAACAUGGCUGGGACAUGUCGUCACAAAACCCAAAUUAAUUAAUGAUAUUGUAAGAGAAGAUUUUUGGAAUGCCAUUGAAAAAAUGCACGAAAGAGCCAAAAAGAUAGAUGCCUCAAAAAUAAUAGCUGUAGAUAUGGUUAAUAGGGUAACCGUACAUUUAGAGAAAAUACGCAUAGCAGAGGCAAGAGCUGCCGAAACAAAUACUCCACCUGUUUUCUCUACCAAUUCAUAUUUGGUAGAUGAUGAAAAAGAAUUAGAAUUCCUGCGUAAAUUAUGUGAAAUCAUGAUAAUACUUUUGCUGCCCAGAGGCUAUUCCUUACCACCACUUAAAGUUUUAUUAAGUGAAAUACUAUCUUAUAAAAUAUUUUUUCCCAUGAUUAAAAUGUUGACCUCACCUGAUUAUAUUAAUCAAAAGGUGGUGCAAAAUAUUGAAAGUCGUUUGGCGGCCGCUGCCAUAAGUAAACGUAGUUAUGAAUAUGCCGCCAGUUUUGAGGAUUUUCUUAAGAUCAUUAACAAUUGUAAUAAUCUGGAGGAAUUGUCCUUGAUACGUAAAAGUAUUGUUAAUGAUUUAAUGCAUGCCACUACUGUACAAAAUUUACAACGUGCCAAAGGUAUUGAUCCUGAUAAUGACCCCGAUCAUAAUCUUUCUAAAUCGGAUAUUGCGGCUGCCACAAGAUUAAAACGUUAUAUACAACAAUUAACCUAUGCCAAAGCACAAUGUGAAAAGAAUCUGGAAAAAUAUGGUUGGAAUGGCAAUUAUUCCAGUGAUGUGGAUUUAAGUUUAAUAGAAAUACUUAAUACGGCAGUGGGCAGGCGUUAUUUGACGUUAUUUUUAGAACCUUUAAAGGCCAGCGCUCUGGUGGGCUUUUAUAUGGCUGUGGAGGAAAUGAAACAUGCACCCAAAUCGUCAGCCCAUCAAUUGGGUACGGAAAUAUUUUACACUUAUAUAAGGGUUCCCAAAUCCGAAAUACAAUUCGACAAACAUGAACGUAAACUAAUAGAAACUUUCCUCUUGGGUGAUUCGGGACCAGAAAUAUUCUAUGACUUGCAAAAACAAAUACUCAAAACAUUAGAGGACAAAUACUAUCCGCCCUUUGUGCUGAGCGAACAAUAUCGUUUGCUUAAAGAGGCACUCGAUGCUGAAGACUAUAAAGAUCCCACCUUAUUAAUAUGCUCUCUAAGUGAUGUUCAUGAUGAACCCUCUGCCACGCUGGAUGGGGUAGAGGGCACACCCUCAGCCACCAUUGAUGUGGCUGCUCAUACUUCAUAUGCUCGCAAGAAACUAGAACAGAUACAGGAAAGAAUAGACAAGAAAAAUCAAGCUUUGGAUGCUUUAAAAUAUUCCGUAAAAUCAGAUUCAAAAGUUUUACAAAUUUUGGAAAAAGAAAUGGAAUGGUUGAAGAAUAUCAAAAGGCAAACAGAGGCUCAUUUAAGACGUACUGAUGCCUGGACCGAGCAUUUGGGUAGAUGGAAGGCAACUUUGCAAAGUGUAGAGAUUUCAGACGAAAAAGAAUCUUUGCAAUUUAUGAUAUUGGUUCAUGUCGAUGAAGAUAUUAAUGCACCGGCAUCCUAUAAAACAAGCGGUAAACCAGAAGCCAGAACGGGUAGUAUAUCUAGUGGCUGGGUGGUUAUGAGAUCAUUAAAUCAAGUGCAUGAAUUGCAAAGAAAACUACGACAUGUUAGUGCCAAUCUAAAAUCCUUCGAUUUGCCAACAAAUUUUAAGUUUUUCUUUUUGAAAAACGAUAAACAUGCCUUGGAAAAGGCUAAACAACAAAUUCAAAGAUUUUUAAAUAUUAUUUUAGAAGAUGACCAUUUAAAUGGUAGUGAAGCUAUUUACACUUUUCUAAGUCCUAGUUCAGAUCAUUUAAAACAAACUUUACCCUCACCGAAAAAGUCGAAAUUUUCCCUUUCCACACUUUUCAAAACGGAACCGGUGAAAACCACCGAUGUAUCGGGCAAAUCUUCAGAUCCAUUUUGGGGUUUACAGCGUGAUGAUGAGGACAUAUCAAAUUAUUUGGAAGGUGAUACAGCAACCGAUAAUAAAUUGCUAGCCGAUUUAGAUAAUAAAGACUCGAUUGCGGAACCUUUGUAUGCCUUGAUGGGUGAAAUAUUUGAUAUGGGUGGUGUGUUUAAGUGGCUGCGUAAAAGUAUUAUAUCAUUUGUACAAAUAACCUAUGGGCGAACAAUAAACAGACAAAUACGAGAAUCAAUUUCUUAUCUAUUUGAAGAAUCUAUGCUGCAUUAUUAUUUUUCGGCCAUGCUUAAGUCGUUUUGGCCCGGCGGUGUUUUAGCCUCAGCCUAUCCGGUACGUUCGGAUGAUAUGAAAGAAAUGACUACAAAUGCUGCUAAAGCUUUACUAAUGGAUAAUAUACCCGAAGUUUUAUGCAAUCUAGUGGGGGCCCAGGCUGCCAAAAGUGGUAUUAUUAAAGUUUUUGAUGCUUUACAAAAUCCUAUCUACAACAAACAACUAUUUUAUGAAUUACUAGAAAUUUUAAUGAUAGAAUUUUUUCCCGAAAUAAAACAACUUAAAAUUCAUACUCAUACAAACCUUACAACGGCCAGCACUACUGGCAUAACGCAUAAAUUACAAAAUAAUAAUCAUAAUAAUGAUAAACAACAACAACAACAACUACUACAUCAUAAUACAGCUCAUCACAGUAAUGCUAGUAGUGUGGCAUCUAAUAGUGGUGGUCAAUCAUCACACUCUGGUCAUCAUCAUCAUCAUACGGGAAAAUAAUUAUGUAUUUAGAAAAAAUAACCAUAUUAAAGGAAAACAAAACUAUUAUCAGGUGCUGCAUAACCAAAUAUUGAAAAACUAAAACAAUUUCGAACAAAAACAACAACAUUUCAAAACUAUAUAUAACCUUCAAUGCAUUUAAAUUUUUCUUAAAUGUUUUUUUUAAUUUUAAUUUUGUUGAAAUUUAGUUAGUGGGUUUUUAAACGAAUAGGUGAUUACUGGAAAGUUUACAAAUAUUUUUAAAGAAAUUUUGAAGGUAUGUAACAUUUAAUUUUAAAUUUAAAUCUGGGUUUUGCGACUUUUUUUGGUCGAUAUCUUGUAAUCUGUACUAGUUUACUAUUGAAGAAUCUUUGGUGAUUUAUUACAUGUUCGUAGUUUAAGCAGGUUUUACUUAAAAGCCAUUUUGUUUUCUUACUUUUAUUGACAAUAUAACUUUAAGUUUUUUUUUUAAUUCUUUUACAAAAUUCUUAAGAUUCCGUUCAAUUUUUUUUGAGUAUAUUUUAGGUAAAAAAAUUAUAUGUAUAUAAUUUAUAUAAAUAGCUUUAAUUUGUGAUAAUUUUCGUUUUUAAAUUAUAAAAACUAACGCCUCUUUAAGUUUUAAAGAAAAUAUAGAUGUGUUUCUAUAAAAUCAAAGAAAUUUUCUUUCUUAGAUUUGUAAAUAAAAAAAUAAAUAAAAUUUAAUAAUUUUUAUUUAUUUCAUUGCAAAUAUAGGAACUUACGGUUCUUGCUCACUUAUUGAAACUGGUCUAAUAUAUUUUUUCGAAGGACAUUGUUUAGAAACAUGGAAGGAAAUUUUAUUUAUAAAAAAACUUUUCACAUUUUCCCUUUCAAUUUAUAAAUUAUUAGCUAAAUCCGAUCCUAAUUACAGUUUUCCAACAUGCCCUAUAUGCUUCUUCAAGUAAAGAUCUAAAUAUUCCAUAAAUUGAAAAUCAACUCUGGCCGGCUAUGUAAAAUAAGUCGAAAAAUAAUAUGUAUGUUUUUAUAAAGGAUUAAGCUGAACUGAAACCAAAUCUGAGCUCAAAAUUCUUCAUCACAUCAGGUUUACGAGAUAUCUUUAACUUAAGUUUGAAAAACAUAUAUUUAUAUUGGUUUCAAUUCCUGAUUCUUAUAUGAAUGCAAACCUGAUCUGGUUGAGAAAAUUCAGAUGCGAGUAUUGGAUUCAGCUCAGCUCAAUUCUUUAGAAUAGUGUACUUUGUUCUCUGGGUUAGAAAUGUGUUGAGCUGUGUUAUCGGUUCAGAAGUUUCACUAAUUUAACUAAAAUUGAAGUCUUAAAAAGUUCUUUAUUCUGAAUUCAUGAAAAUCUUAAAUAUUUUUCAAAAUUUUUAAGUUUGAAAUUGAAAAUUUAAAGACCUCAUAAUUUAGAGAUUAUUUUGGCAGUUUUAAAAAUUUUUCUAACAUAAGUUCGAAUUUUCGAACAUAACUUAAAAAGCUUAAAUUCCGAAGCUGAAUAAAUAUACUUUAAAAUCUAUGAAAAUUUUAAAAGUUUCUUUCAAAAAAUUUAUAUUUGAAAUUGUUAGAAAUUGCUUAUGAUAUAUUGAUGAUUUUAAUAUUUUUCGAACUUAACUUCGAAUUUUCGAACACAACUUUAAAAGCUUAAAUUCUAAAACUACAUUGAAAAUUCUUUAAAAUUUUUGAAAAUUUUAAAUAAUUUUCAAAAAUUUUAAGUUUGAAAUUAAAAAAAAAAAUGGUCUCACAUAAAAUUAAAGUUAUGUUUUUAAGUUUUUGAAAGCUUUAAAAUUUUUCCAAACAUAAGUUCGAAUUUUCGAACAUUAACGUUUCAAAUCGGCUUUAAAUAAUAUUAAAAUUUUAAUUCCUAAUAAUUAACAGAUUAUUUUAAUAGCUUUAAAAAAUGCUGGAAAUUAGCUUCGAAUUUUCGAACAUAUCCUAAAACGCUUAAUUUCUAAUAUUAUGUGCAUUAAAAAUAUAUAGAAAUUGAUCUCAAAUAAAACUAAAAUUUUAUUUUUAUGAAUCUUCAUGACUAGGAGAAUAUUUUAGCUUUAAUUUUAUUUCGAAAAUAACUUCAAAUUUUCGAAAAUUUCCUAAAUCAUGAUCUAGAGGAUAUUUUUAACAACUUUAAAGGUUUUUUGGAUAUAAAUUCAAAAAAUCUAGCUUAAUUUCGAACAUAACUGGAACUGGUUCAAUAUUCUAUUACAAAUUUUAAGCUAAACUCACAAACUUAAUUUGUAAUUUAAAUAAAAUCUUGUACAAAAUGUUCUAAAACUAAGUGAUGAAAUUUUUGAAUAUAUUUUUCUACAAACCUGUUUCUGAAUGAAGCCCUUAGACUAGUUAUUAAAAUAACAAACUAUGAAAUUUUUUACAAAUUUUAACAAAAUAUCUUUUGAACUUAAUAAUUUUCAUUUGAAAAUGAAUAUUAAAAACUCAUUAGAUUUUAAGUUUUAAUUUUUAAGAUAAAUAUUAAGUUUUUUUUAAUUUUAGUGUUAUUAAGCAUUGAAGGUCCAUUAUUAUUUAAAAAAACUUGUUAAUAAUAUUUUGUAGGCAACUUUAAAUAUUUAGGUUUGAAAACUAUUGGUCUUAAUAUAAAAUUAGCUUUAUAUGUAUGUUUAUUUAUUUGACAACAUUGAAAACGAAAUCAAUAAAAAAUUACAGUAUUAAAACACUAUUUUAGGAAAUUAAGUAAAAAAAAAAAUUAACAAAAAGUUUAAACUUACUAAACAUUCCAAAGAAUUUGUUAUAGAUACAAAAAUUAUAUACAAUUUUAAUUUAAACAAAAAGAAAGUUAAAAAAAACCAAAAUUAUUUCAAGCAAAAAAACCUAAGAAUAUUAUAAUAUUAAAAUAACUAACAAAAUAUUUAGAGGACAAUUUUUAUUUAAGAAAUUAAGCAAUUUUAAAAUAUUUACAUUUUAUUUAAACCAAACGCAGAACACAAAUUAUAAUAUUUGAGUCAAGUGUUACCAAUUAAAACUAAAUGCAAAAAAGAAAAACCAACAUACAAAUACACCGAAUACAAACACUCUUUUUUACACAAAUCUAUUACUACACCCUACAAAGUAAAAUAUUUAAUACGGAUUUUAAUUAUGUUGUGAAAGUUGAAAUGCAAACAUAUAAUAAAUCUGUUAUGGUAAUUUUUAUAGUAAACAAUACAUAUAAUUUUAAAUGUUCAAUGGUUAGCUGUAUUAUGUAUUUGUAUAUUUAUAUUAUUUUAUCCCAAAAACAAACAAGAAAAUGUUACUAAAAGUCACAAUGUAAAUCUUGUAUUGAAAAUCCUGUAUAUUGAAAAGUAAACCAAUAAAACAAAAACUUUUGUAAAUAAAUAUUAUAAAAAAUAAAACACUAUUUAUGUACA